CUUUAGAAAGGCGCAGCGUGCGUCUCGCUUUGCACUCAUCGACGCUUUGAAGAGAAAAAAAAAAUCAAGAAGUCAGGAUGUAGACGGCACACCAAUCCUGCCCUCCCCACCGGACAGACUCUAGUAGUCUCUUUCUCUCUCUCUGUCUCUCUCUCUCCAUCCAUCCAGCAGCCUGUAUACGCUGUGCUUGUCGGCGCAGGAGGCUGUGGAUCCGCCAGCAGAGGAGAGGUGCUGUCCGCCGCUUCUUCCCGCUGGAUGGACCGCCGUCUCUGCUCAAGAUUACCACCCUGGAUUUAACUCCAGUUUAAAUGAUGUCAGCUGAUUUUGAGGAAGCCUGAAGGUGAAGAGAUCUUUUUCCAAGACUUGCCAUGGCUACGGGAGUCGCUGCCUGGCUUCCUUUCGCACGGGCAGCAGCCAUUGGCUGGAUGCCCGUCGCUAGCUGCCCCAUGCCUGUGGCGCCGAGAGACCACCGUCGCCGACAGGACGAGCUUAUUGUCCUGAACGUGAGCGGCCGUAGAUUCCAAACGUGGAGGACAACUCUGGAUCGGUACCCAGACACCCUACUCGGCAGCUCUGAGAAAGACUUUUUCUACAACGAGGAAACCAAGGAGUACUUCUUCGACCGAGACCCCGAUGCCUUUCGGAGCAUCCUCAACUUCUACCGGACUGGGAAGCUGCACUACCCACGGCACGAGUGCAUAUCAGCCUAUGACGAGGAACUGACUUUCUUCGGCAUCAUCCCGGAGAUCAUCGGCGACUGCUGCUAUGAAGAAUACAAAGAUCGGAAGCGGGAAAACCUAGAGCGACUUCAAGACGACCUGGAAGAGAAUAAGGACGUCAAGCUGCCUCACAUGAACUUCAGAGAGACCAUGUGGCGUGCUUUUGAGAACCCUCACACCUCCACCAUGGCACUGGUGUUCUACUACGUCACCGGCUUCUUUAUUGCUAUCUCUGUUAUCACCAAUGUGGUGGAGACGGUGCCGUGUGGUUCUACCGCCACCCAAAAGGACAUGCCAUGCGGCGAGCGCUACACGGUGGCGUUCUUCUGCAUGGACACAGCCUGCGUCAUGAUUUUCACGGUGGAGUACCUUCUGCGCUUGUUCGCCGCCCCGAGCCGCUACCGCUUCAUGCGUUCUGUGAUGAGCAUUAUCGAUGUGGUGGCCAUCCUGCCGUACUACAUCGGCCUGGUAAUGACAAACAAUGAGGACGUGAGCGGCGCUUUCGUCACACUGCGGGUUUUCCGAGUCUUUCGCAUCUUCAAGUUCUCACGCCACUCGCAGGGCCUGCGUAUCCUGGGCUAUACGCUCAAGAGUUGUGCUUCAGAGCUGGGUUUUCUGCUCUUUUCUCUUACCAUGGCAAUCAUUAUCUUUGCGACGGUCAUGUUCUAUGCUGAGAAAGGCUCCAGCUCCAGCAAGUUUACCAGCAUCCCAGCCUCUUUCUGGUACACCAUCGUCACCAUGACCACACUGGGGUAUGGAGAUAUGGUACCGAAGACCAUCGCUGGUAAGAUCUUCGGGUCAAUCUGCUCGCUCAGCGGCGUGCUGGUGAUCGCCCUGCCAGUGCCCGUCAUUGUUUCCAACUUUAGUCGCAUCUACCACCAGAACCAGAGAGCAGACAAACGCCGGGCCCAAAAGAAAGCUAGAAUGGCUCGUAUACAUUUAGCCAAGACUGGCAGCGCCAACGCCUUCCUGCUGAGCAAACGCAAUGGACUCCUCAACGAGCUGCUGGAGCUGACGGGCGCUAACGCAAGCGAGCAGAAGCUGCCAAAGUCAUCGUGUCUUUUAGAGAGCCAACACCACCAUCUGCUGCACUGUCUGGAAAAAACUACUGUAUGUGAAUCCCUCCAAAUUAUUUCCCCUCCUUCCCGCUUCUUUUUAAACCUUCUGACAUGUAUUCCCCUCCAGGCUCAUGAGUUCAUAGACGAGCAGCUUUACGAGCAGAACUAUUUAGAAGCUGUGAUGCAGAGCUUCCCCGCCCGCAGAGUGUCGGUGAGUAGUCGUGACGGCGCAACGCCCACCUGCUGUGGCGGCAGGGCCAAGAGGAACGCCGCCUUGCCCAACUCUGCCCGGCAGCCUGGACCCAACCAACAGAGUCCCUUACAAGAGCUCAGCGCCAUCCACAUUCAGUGUGCUGAUAGGCCGUCGCAUUCCACCAGUCGUUCAAAACUCAAUCUGAAAGCAGACGACAUUGGCAGGCUCAACUGCAAGGGCGGUCGGCUCACCACAGCUAUCGUCAGCCUCCCGUCACCUCCUGUCCUGACCGCACCAGACGGCGAUAACCUCCACGGCCCCCCCAUCCACAGGCCACCGCCACCCUCACCCGGCCCCAGCAUCCAGACCACCACCAGCUCGGCCAACGUCAUUAAAGUGUCUGCUCUGUGACCCACCGAGGCCUUUGUAAAUAUGAGAUGGACAAGGCUGACCACUCACAGUGGAGGCUUUAAGAGACACUGCGGUGCAAUGCAUAUCAGUCCAGCCGGUAGCGCUGUUUAGCUUCUACAAAGUCUACUUAAAUAGUUUAACGAAUGUUUUGUUGUCUGAAAAGUGUUGACUAUGCUUACUUGAAUGUUUUUAUUCUGUGUGUCUUGUCAAAAAAAAAAAAAAAAGUAAAUAAAAAUAAAAACCAUAUUCCUCCCUUGUUCUAAUCAACCAAUAAACUAAAUUUUAUGUCAUAAAACUGUGACCAGUCUGGGGUGGACGCCACUUCUCCGGGUAAAUGUACCUGUCGUUCUGUUUGAAUCAUCCAGGUCAAUGAGAUUGUUUCAUAAUUUCCAUUGCCUUUUUAUAAGCAACAAACUGCUGAAUGAAUAUGCUGUAUGAACAAAAAUAUUAGGGCAUCACUGCACUGAGAAGUUGUUUUUUUUUUAAGUGGUUUUAGUCUCAUUGUAUAUUGUUUGUGUUGAGUGUGUGUGCAUCACAGUGGCUGCUAUACACUGUCCCUGUAGGGGAGGGGACAUAAUGACUAUGUUAUUUGCAAUGGUCCAAAAUGUGCAUUUUUAUGGUGUUUUUGUCUCCACUUUGUUUUUCAAAUAGUUAUUGUCAAACAAAAAACGGAUUUUUUUCAUUCGGAUAAAAACACCCAAAUUGGGGUUAUACUGUAUAUGGCUAAAUAUUAAAACUGAUGGCAUUUUUUUUUUUUUUUUUUUUUUUUUUUGAGUUGGAACAAGCAUCAAAUGUAAUGAAAACUGGUGAACAUUAUUUUUGUUAUUAACUUAUGUACGUCAUUCCAUCAGAUCCCAUUAUUUGCAUAUUACUGAUGUCAAGAAAAAAGCAUUCCUGUGUUAUUGUAUAAACUGAAAAGUUGGGGGGGCCAUUGUGACAAAACUGAUGAAAAGUAAGACGGGAACGACUUAACUUGUCACUUGUAAUGCAGAAAACUGAAUGAACAUCUGCUCGUUUGUCAUUUUUUUAAAAAGUCUUGGCUUGGAUGUUUGUGUUGCUGUUGUUUAUCUGCUAGUAUGAAUGUGUGCGUGUGCGUGAGCACGUGCGGGUGUGUGUGCAUAAGUGUGACUGUCACUAUGUUUGUUCUGACACUAGUGUCAAAUGACCAUUAAACUCUGCUGCAACUGUCAAUAUUUGGUU